AACUCAAAAUGGCAACAAAUGACCCAGUGCAUGUUUUAUUGUCUCCCAGUAUUUAAACAGGUGUUGCAUAUUUUAAGGCUGUACCAUACUGGAGAAGUGAUAGAACAAGAACAAUUCCCAUAGUACAUCUAGGGCAUGCCAGAAAACGCCAAUAAAAGAUGCGUUAUGGAUGUGACAGAAAAAGUAUCACUUUCCUUGGGUGACUGUACAUUUUUAUCAAACUCUGUGAAAUUGAAAACCUAAUGUCGAAAUGGAGAUAUCCAUUUGAUAGAGGGGUCCAAGGUGAAUAUUAAAAAAUCUUUGUUUAAAAUAUUUUGUAUUUCAUGCAGAGUUUCGGAAGGAAAAGUCAGCAUUAUGGAUGUGACGAAAUUCCGUUAUGGAUGUGACGCGUCUGAAAUAGACAUGGCAUAUGUUUAGAAAAUCAGCGAUUUAACCACCAUAACCCUUUGAAAAACUCUCUAAAUAUCAGCUAAAACUAUCAAAGUUCUUAAAUAAUAUUUAGGAUGGCUAUUGUUUUGCUGUUUUGUGGAUUUUAGCAUACAUUUCUGUGGCUUGUGGCAAUAAUAUAGAAUUGUACAUGAUCAAAGUUGAUUUUAGCUUGGGGUUUACAUUAUAAGAAAGAAAGACUGACAGUGACAGGUUGGUUACAAAUUGGUUCAACUUGUUCACAUCUGUAAAAUACAGGCCUAGGUGAGAUCUCUGGGAGUGGUUUUGAUGUAUUACAUGUUGCUUUAUUUUUGCAUGGUGAGGUUGACAUUUACAUGGAAUUGCCCUGAUACUGUUCAGUCUAGAUGUUGAUGUUAUGGUUGUUACAGUGCCGGGGUUUUCAAAGUGUGGGAGAGUCAGCCCCCCCUCAGAGAGCAAAUAAACAACACCGCCCACACACACACGCGCGCGCACACACACACAAUUUUUGUUGUUGCUAUACUUCAUGUUCCAUUCGUAUUUUAAAAAAAAGGUUGUUGUACACAUUUUUUUACACAUUUUAAACAUCUGUGCUUUUUGAAAACAUCUUGUUUUACACAUUUUAAACAUCUCAUAGCAUCGUUAGCUAGCACCUCUUGGCAGACAACACACUGUGGCAGUGGAGCAUCUUCAGAUCCAGUCCAUGAAAAUCCAAACUUUAAAUAAUCGUGGUCAUACUUCCUUCUUUGUUUGCUUGGCCCAGACUCUGUCUCCUCACUCACUGUAGCUUUAGGUACUAAAAAUCGAUCCAUUUCGUUUCUGGCAAAGGCUAGCUGAAGUUCGCUAAAUGUCCGCAAUAGUAACUUGUUCUGGUUUAUUUUUCCUCACGUUACCCCCCCCUCCCCCCAAGAACUCUGCUGCACCCCACACUUUGAAAAGCCCUGUUAUAGUGAUAUUUAAUAUUGAAAUCAUUGCUGAUUAUAUCACGAGACACUUUUCUGUGAGGUUGUAAUAUCCUUUGAAUAACUCAUUUUUUAAAUAAUAUUUGUAAAGUUUGUACUACUUUGAAUAUUUAAAAUAGUAAAGAAUGAACUGCUUGACAUCUGAUGUUGAAAGUCCAGGAGAAGUUCUCCAAAAGAAACUUUUGACUCCUGAAGUCAGCAGUCGUCUCUUUAUUCUUAUCAUCGUUGUCAUCUCGAUGCCGUUCACCAAGCUGCUCCGCCUCGUCGCUGCACGCAGAAUCAUCGUUACUGCUAAAAUUUUUCAGGACCCAGUUUCAGAGCGAGGUGGUCAGACCAAGCAGGUUUAGGAGCAAGGCAUCACCAUAACAAGCGAGUGUUGUAGCCUUGUGUCCUCGGUGUUUAGGACGUGACCGUGGAUUCCUGCAGCUAUGGAAGGAGGGCGGCCUUGUGGUCGGAGCUGAAGGCAGAGUCUCAGGUUUUCAGUCUCACUCGUCGCUCUUCAGAGACGCAUGGAAACUCCUGAAGUGUUUGAGUUCGUUUCAGUUUGUUGUAACCUCUUCACCUUCUGGAUGGUGGUGCUGAAGUGAACUCGGGAGCCGUGAGACGUAAAAUGGGCGACGAUCGACCUUUCGUGUGCUCCGCCCCCGGAUGUGGACAGCGGUUUACAAAUGAAGAUCACCUGGCGGUACAUAAGCACAAACAUGAGAUGACGCUAAAGUUUGGACAGACUCGAACGGACACGGUGAUUAUUGCAGAUCAGACCCCGACUCCCACCCGUUUCCUGAAGAACUGUGAGGAGGUGGGCUUAUUCAGUGAGCUCGAUGGCUCCUUCGAACAUGAGCUCCGUAAAUCCCAGGAGGAAGAGGAGCAGCGGAGAACCAAAAGCACGCUUUCUACUGCUCCUCCCUCUGAGAUGAAGGAAAGAGACGGCCCUCUGGAGAUCGACUCUUCUCCUCCGGACAGUCCUUCCUCUGCCUCCAGCAUGACCGACUCCAAGGACUCGGAGACGCUGGUGAAGGAGCCUGUUCCCAUCAGGAAGAACAAGGAAGUGCCCCCAAGGACAGCAGCAGCAAGUGCCACGCCCACACCCACCAUUGUACGCCCUGGGUCACUCCCUCUGCAUUUAGGAUACGAUGCUAUAAACCCCACUCAGCCAUCACCCACAUCCGUCAUCACCCGGACUCCGCCUUCCAACAGACUCAGUUCUCCCUCGGCUUCCUUUCCCAUGAUGAUGCAACUUCCUAACGGUCAGACCGUCCCUCUGCUCCCCAGUCCCGGGCAAACAUCUGUAAUAUCGGUGGCCAGGUCAUCAAAUCCAGUGCCCAAUAUUCCAGGAAUUCCUGGUCCUCCCAUUGGUGGAAGCAGCAGUGGCUCCUCCUCUCCAUCUGGAUACAACUCACAUAAUGAUACCAAGAUGAGGCUGAAAGCUGCACUGUCACCGCAGUGUGUUAGUGGACCAACACCAAGCCAGAAACCUGAACCCAGUGAGACUCUUUCACCUGCACAGCCACAGGUGUCUCCUGCAGCUCCGAGAGGUGGGCGUCGGCGUCGUGGGGCGGAGAUCGAGCCUGACGAGCGUAGACGGCGUUUUCUGGAGCGGAACCGAGCAGCUGCAUAUCGCUGCAGACAGAAAAGGAAAGUGUGGGUCAACGCCCUGGAAAAGCGUGCAGAGGAACUUGCUACUGCUAACGUCACACUCACGAACGAAGUGUCUCUGCUCAGAGGUGAGGUGACGCGCCUGAAGGAGCUCCUGCUGGCCCAUAAAGACUGUCCUGUUACUGCCAUGCAGAAAAAAGCCUACCUGGCUGCAGGUGUGGAUGAGAGCUCGGUGUCGGCGCUGGUUCUGCCCGUCUCGGUUCCGGCUCCGGUCUCCGUUAACGGACUGAGUGUGCGAGCAGCGGAGGCCGUAGCUGUGUUGGCAGGGAUGGGGUCGGGCCAGUGGAGCGGCGCGGGAGCAGGUGGAGACACGCCUACUCAGUCACAGCCCACCUCCAGAUGAUGACCAUGCGCUGAAGCCAAUGGGAGGUGGGCGUGUCUCGAUGGGAGGAGCACAUUGUUGAACUGUUUAAACCACUCCCCGCUAUUCACUCUCACGUUUUCUCCGGACUUUUAAGUGUGUGACGUGUCACGUGAUGUCGCUGGCAGACUAUACAGACUCGGACGCACUGCAUGAGAAAACACACACACAGAGCUUAUAUCAUGUACUUUCUUAGGUUGUGUUUGAAUAACCCUGCUCUCCUUGGUGUUCGUGACUGCAUGAUUCAUUCAGACCGGCUCACACUCGCAGGCAACAACUCGCUCAUGUCACUAGUGGGCGACAACUCGCUCAUGUCACUAGUGGGCGUGGCCGGUCCUGCAUUCCAAUGAGAAACAGUAGUAGCAUAUUUUAGACACACAUUAAAUAACCCACUGAUCAGUGUGAAAAUCGAAACGGUUGUGUGAUUCACAUGUUACGCGCUCGGAUUCGUUCUCGGAUUAGAUUAGCAAAGCGAGCUCACUGUAUUAGCAAUGUACAUAUACACUCACCAGAGAUACCAAAGCUCUCUGCUACUUCCUUCCAAGUUUUAUUUUACUUCUUAAUAUCUCUGUCACACUUAGUGCAAAGUCAUAUAUGACAGGAGGAGAUGAAACGACAUUAAACGCAUUUCUCCUGCAGGUAGGAGCGAAAGUGUGCCUCAGGAUUGGAUUGAGGACGCGUUCAAGCUCAUUAAUUUACAGCAUCGUGCGUAAUUCCAUAGAAUUAUUGAGAGAGAUGUUGCUGAAAUCUCCAUACGCGGUAAAACAGACCUGUUGCUUUGUCACUCGCUAGUGUUAAUGUAGGUUUAGACAUUGGCUCCGCCUCUGAGACUCCGCCUCUCCUCUCUUUACACUUCCUUCCUAUUGUCUGAAAAACUCUGAAUAGUGACAGUGAAGUCGUUCCACAGAGAAACAGCCGUGUACUUUUAUAUCUGAGUGUUAAUAUCAGUGUGUGUGUGUGUGUGUGUGUGUACACACGGUGAGAAUAAACCAGUCACGUGAUCAUGUUCAUUUAGCCAAUAUAUCCACUCCUGUCAUUUGUGUGAUGUACAGGUUUCAAAGUCAUUUUAGAAUCUCAGGACACACACACACACACACACGUGCACUUGAUGCGCAUAUAUAUAUAUAUGCACACACAGUAUAUAUGCAGCAGUGCUUUUAAUUUGUCACAGCUGGUUUUAUACUCGUGCGCAUUGUCGGAUUAUCAUGCAGCCAAAAAUCAUGCUAAUCAUUAAAACUAGCAUGAAUUGCUAUUGAACUGGUUUUUGUUCACCGAAGUGCUGUGUUUCAGCAGUUCAUCACAGUGACGCGCUUUAAAUGUGUAGGUGUGAUUACAGUACAGUCGAGAAUGAAAUCUCACUCAGAGCGGAAGUGUAAGGAGCAGACGCCAAACGUAUUCAUCACACUUCGAUAAAGUCUUCAGGUAAAGGUAUUUUUGUAAAUAAAUGAAGCUGUAAAUGUGUCGAAUCGCUCCUUUCAGAGACGGAACUGCUUUUGUUCUGGCGUAGUGAUACCACAAAACCUUCAGGAAAGUCUAAAGUUAAAAAAUCAGAACUUGUUUUUACCGUAUUGCUGCAACAUUGGAAAGUUCUUGUCUGUACUAAUCUCACACACACACACACACACACACACACACACACACACACACACACACACACACACGAGAAACCAUAUCCUCAUAUUCAAUAUUUAUUAGGUCUGGAGUCUGUGAGGCCCUGCCCUGUUCUGCUCCGCCCUCAUAUCCAGGUGUGUGUGUGUGUGUUGUGCUUUAUGAAUAUGAAUGAAGAGUGUAUCCUCUGUGUGUAUCACUAACUGAGCGUGUGAAAGUGUUGCUCUUCAGCUGAACUCUUUACGGAGCUGUAAAUAUCAGUGGGUAUAUAUAAUAAAAUAAGUGUCGCAGCAUCGCUGUCUGUAUAUGAACUAAAUGAAAUGGUCCUGAAGAUAUAUUGUAAUAAAUAAACAUUCGAUGGAA